AUGAAACAUCAAGUAAUAUUUAUAGCAGCAUUAAUUUUCCUAUUAAGCUUUGUUGCCACCAAGGCUGAUUUACUGCACUGCGAUGAGGAUGAUGAUAAACUAUCAAGCGGUGUUGCAGAUGCAUCAAUAAUUGGUCACAAAAUCGAAAGUGAGGAGAUUGCCGCGGGAAACAAAGUAAAAGAUGUCCUCAAAGAAUGGAGUUGUAAACUCAAGAAGAGUACAGCAAAUCUGGGGGCCAAUGUCAAAGAGAAAACCAAACAAUGGUCGGAAAAUAUACGCGAAGGCCUAAAGAAACUCAAAGAAAAAUCUAAAGAUUUGGGAAAGAAAAUCCAAACUAAAUAUAAUGAUUUCAAGGAUAAUUUGAAACAGGAUUCAGCUGAGUAUCUUGAACGUGGAACGGAGAAGAAAUUGUUGUUUAAACCUGAGGAAGUCAUUGAUACUGACGUGGUGAUAAUCGAUACUCAAAAAUGUGGUAAUGGCUAUAUUUUAGAUGCCUUGGGUAAUUGUAAGAAAUUUCGCGAAUUUACCGAGAUCAUUAAUUAA